CAGUGGUGACAAGCUCGGGCUCUGCUGAGCUGUCAGCCACGACAGCAGGGGUAUCGUCUUUGUCUAGGUGUAUACCGUUGAACUUGGGGGCUUCCUGCGAUGCCACCUCGGUAAUAUUCUCCGUAUCCGCUUCAGCGCUCUGCGAGGUAGCCUUCUCCGCAGCUACUUCCGGAACAUCCUUCUCCUCGCUGGGCUCCUUCUGCGCCUUAAGUUCAGGCGACUCUGGAAGAGGGACAGAAGCGGCAGCUUCUGCAGGAACUUCUGGGGUAUCCUUCUUAUCAUCAAUUUCCACUUCCCGCACCCCCUCAGUGACCUCCUUCACACCUUCGCCAUCCUUCGACGGCGACUCCUCUCUUUGAGGACUGGAUGAGGGACCUUCCUCGACAUCCGCAGAAUCGGUGCGGUUUCGCUUGAACACAGCACGCUCAUCAGACUCAUCAGGCUCUAUGGAACUAUUCCGACGUUUGCGCCCAAUGACUGGGGCCGUGGACGUAGCUGGAAUUGAGGUAAUCUUCAGUUAACGCACAACUACUAUAUAUUAGAGCAUACCAUCCUCGCUCCAUGGUCUGUCUGGCCGGGGGAAGAACGAACUGGAUAUACGACGGAUGAGCUUGUACAUGGUGGUGAGCGUGUACGGGGGGUGCUGUCAAUUAGAGCGCGACGCGACCGAGCAAGAGAUUCAGUUUGAUCGUGUUUGGCUAUCCUCAAGCUACAAUGUGAUCACUUUCAAACUCCGAGGUCCUUGCUCACUUCCCCCAACGACUUAUAAGCAGAGGUAAAAUGUCGCGAAAAUACCAUAAUAAUACCAAGAAAUUCUUCAUUAGCGGAACUUUUUCGGGUAUAGGUAGAUAAGAUAACGAUUCACCGAUCGAGGUCAAGAUCACCAUCGAUGACUCUGAAAAUGCAAAACUCGAAGUCAGUUCAAUAAAAGUACCAGCUUCUCUGCCAGCUAUAGAUCUUUGACUCAUACCCUCAUCAUCGUACAGCUGGCACAAAACGCGACACAAACAUGACGCUAGAUGUACUCCAAUUUAUAGACAACAAAGGCGGGAAUGCGGAGGAGAUUCGAGAGUCUCAGAGGAAGAGAGGCUUGUCGGUCGAGUUGGUGGAUGAGGUGAUUCAAAUGUACACGGACUGGGUUAAGAUGGACUUUGAGGCUAGUACCUUGAGCAAACAAGUGAAUGCCGUGCAGAAACAAAUUGCUGCAAAGAAGAAGGCGAAAGAGAAUGCAGACGAGCUUGUAGCAAAGAAGAAAGAAAUUGAUGCACAAGUUGCUGCCAAGCGAGCAGAAUCGAAGGAACUCGAAGCGAAAAUGAGGCAGAAGGCCUCGACUGUUGGCAAUCUCGUUGGAAAGAACGUUCCCGUCAGCUUGACUGAGGACGACAAUGUCACUGUCCGAACAUGGCAUCCUGAAGGCGAUAGCAUUGUCGUCGAGAAAAGGACAGAUAUCCUACCCCACCAUGAAGCUCUCCUCAGGUUAGACGCGAUGGAUCUUGAACGAGGUGCAAAGAACGCUGGUCACCGAGGAUACUAUCUUACCAACGAUGGUCUCGAUCUCAACCAAGCCUUGAUCAGUUAUGGCCUUGACUUCCUCAGAAAACGAGGGUUCAAGAAGAUCCAGCCACCAUUCAUGAUGAACAAGGACGUUAUGGCCAAGACUGCACAAUUGGAUCAGUUUGAUGAGGAACUCUACAAGGUCUUCGCAGAUGACGAUGAAAAAUACCUUAUCGCCACCUCCGAACAACCCAUCUCUGCAUACCAUUCUGACGAAUGGUUCGACUCGCCCGAGACCCAACUGCCCAUCCAAUAUGCUGGCUUCUCCACUUGUUUCCGUAAGGAGGCUGGUUCCGCAGGUCGUGACAUGUGGGGAAUCUUCCGAGUACAUCAAUUCGAAAAAGUCGAGCAAUUUUGCCUUACGGAGCCAGAGAAGAGCUGGGAAAUGUUCGAUACGAUGAUUGGCAACAGCGAGGAAUUUUAUAAAACUUUAGGGUUGCCGUAUCGUGUUGUGGCAAUCGUCUCGGGUGCACUGAAUUUGGCGGCCAGUCAGAAGUACGAUCUGGAAGCUUGGUUCCCCUUCCAGGGCGCAUAUAAGGAGUUGGUGUCUUGUUCUAAUUGCACGGAUUACCAGAGCCGAAGACUAGAGGUCCGAUGUGGUCUCAAGACCAAAGAACAGACUCGCAAAGUCUACGUCCAUAUGCUCAACGGCACGCUUUGCGCUACCAGCCGUGCGAUGUGUUGUAUCGCUGAGAACUAUCAAACGCCAGAGGGUCUCAUCAUUCCCGAAGUCCUCAGACCAUACAUGGGCGGGCGUGAUUUCUUGCCGUGGGUCAAGGAAUUGCCCAAGAACUUCCAACGAAAACAAGCGUAAGCUUUUGGACAGAUGUGUUUGGUGUCUAGAAGUCGUACUAGAUUGUAUCAUGGGUGUAUUCUUUCACUAUGUAUUUACAUGAUAUCGAACCUGGCAAUGCAGUGUGUGUAAUUAUCGCAUAGAGAUUGGCGCAAACCCGAUCACAGUGAAAUUGGCUAAUCGACUACUCGUCUUUCUUAUU